AACAAACCGACGCUCUGCCGGCUCUGGCUCAGGCUACAGAAGAAGAUGAACCACCUUAUUCUGCUUUUCUCAUUGUUCCUCACUCCAGCAUUUGCUGACAAAGACAGCCAGGAAACAACCCAAACCUUCUCUUCAAACAGUGCCAGUCAUAAACGACUGAAGAGAGACUGGAUAUGGAACCAAAUGCACAUCAAAGAGGAGAUUGACACACCACUACCACACCAUGUUGGCAAGAUCACCUCAAGCGUACGGAACAGCAACGCCAAGUAUAUUAUUGAAGGUGAAUAUGCCAACACCAUCUUCAAAGUGGAAGAAACCAGUGGUGAUGUCUAUGCAUUUGAGAGGCUGGACAGAGAAAAGAAAGCAGAGUAUGAGCUGACAGCUCUCAUUAUUGACCGGAGAAACAACCAGUCGCUGGAACCUCCGUCUAAGUUCAUUAUCAAGGUUUAUGACAUCAAUGACAAUGUCCCCGUGUUUGUACAAAAGGUAUUCAAUGGAUCUGUCCCAGAAAUGUCACCAGUAGGCACCUCAGUUACCAAAGUGACAGCUGUAGAUGCUGAUGACCCCACAGUUACAGGUCAUGCUACAGUCACCUACCAAGUCAUUAAAGGAGAUGAGUACUUCACAGUUGAUGACUCUGGUGUGAUCUCCACAACAAGGGCUGAUUUAGACAGAGAGAACCAAGCAACCUACGAAAUCGUUGUUAAAGCAAAAGAUGCUCCAGGGUCUUCUGGGGAGUCAAGCACAGCUACAGUGAUUAUCACUUUAACUGACAUCAAUGACAACUUCCCCGUGUUCAAACACCCAUCAUUUUACUUCAAAGUUCCUGAAAACAUUUCAGUAGGAGGAGAAGUUGGCAGAGUCAAAGUAGAAGAUAUUGAUGAACCACAACAUAGAAAUACGAAAUACAGUUUUGUCAGAGGAGAUUACAGGGACACCUUUGAAAUUGUAGCAAAUCCAUUCACAAAUGAAGGAAUCAUUAGGCCAAAAAAGCCCCUGGACUUUGAAAAAGUAGCAGAAUAUAGGUUUGAUAUCGAAGCAACAGACCCCACGGUUGAUCUUCGCUAUUUUAAAUCUGGUGGCUCUAGGAGCAUUUCCACAGUCACCAUUGAAGUCACUGAUGUUGAUGAGCCUCCUGUCUUCACCAAACUACCAUAUGAAUUUAAAGUCAAGGAAAAUGACCUAGAAAUACGAACACUGGGAUCAGUUUGGGCACACGACCCUGACGCAGCUAAACGGAAAAUCAGAUUCAUUCGACGAAGAGCCAGUCCUAAUGGAGACUACAUCAGGGUAUCUGACACAGGAAUUAUUCAGCUUCCCAAGCCCCUGGACAGAGAAUUCAGUUCCUCAUACAACAUCACUGUAGCAGCUCAGGAAAUCCUUGAAGAUGGCCGUCCUUCUGACAGAGAAUCACAUGCCCAUGUUCACGUCAUAGUUACUGAUGAGAAUGACAAUGCUCCAGAGCUUGUUUAUCCUGAGGAACCCCGAGUGUGUGAAAAUGCUGCACCAGGAAAGGUAAUCAUCAGGAUUUCAGCUACUGACAAGGAUGAAAUAUCACCUAGAGGUUUCUUCAAGUACUCCCUGGCCACAGAAGACAGCAACUUCUCCUUGGUUGAAAACUAUGACAACACAGCCAAUAUCACUGUCAGGUAUGGACAGUUCAAUCGUGAGCUUGCCAAAAUCCACUACCUGCCUGUCAUCAUCUCAGACAACGGUGAUCCUGAGCUCAGCAGCACAAACACUCUGGUCAUCAGUGUCUGCAAGUGCAACGAAAAAGGCAACUUCACUUUCUGUGAGGAAAGAGCUAAACAAGUUGGAGUCAGCAUACAAGCGCUGGUGGCAAUUUUUAUCUGUAUCUUCACAAUCAUCAUAAUCAUCUUGCUAAUUCUUCUGAGAAAAAGACACAAGAAGGAUUUGAGUGGUCUUGGGAGGAAUGUGGCAGAGAUCCAUGAGCAGCUUGUCACCUAUGAUGAAGAAGGUGGUGGUGAAAUGGAUACUACCAGCUACGAUGUGUCUGUACUCAACUCUGUCCGCAAGAAUGGUGUGAAGCCAGAAGCAGUUCCCUCUCCAUAUGCACAAGUGCAGAAGCCUCCUGGAAAUAUAACUUCUGGUGCUGGAGAAAUGGAGAUGAUGAUUGAAGUCAAGAAGGAUGAAGCUGACAAUGACAGGGACUUGCUGCCAUAUGACACCCUUCACAUUUAUGGCUAUGAAGGUGCCGAGUCCAUUGCAGAAUCUCUCAGUUCUUUGGGAUCAGGCUCCUCAGACUCAGAUAUUGAUUAUGACUUUCUCAGUGACUGGGGACCCAGGUUUAAAAUGUUAGCUGAGCUGUAUGGGUCAGAACCCAAUGAAGAUUUUGUGUAUUAAGUUCAAGUUAGCCAUGCAUUUUCUCCCUCCCACUACAGGUAAGACAUCAAGAGCCUGCCAAUGGCCAAAGAACUCACAGCUCUUCACCCAAGCUGUACAAGGAUUUCACACAGACAUGGAAAAGAACCUGCCAGCAUUAGGGUUAAAAAGAAAUGCACAGCUCACCUCUGUGGACUUUCCCCAGCACUGCUGUCCUUACUAACAUCCCCAAAACUGCUGCUCGAGGACCUGCUCGAGCUUUCUAGGGCACAGCUCCUCUCCCUAUCUGGAUAGAGUCUUCUCCUUUAAAAGUGGUUUUGUCCUCACUUUCUUCUUCAUUCCUCUCCUCCUGUACUGUGUCCAUCAAUGAGUUUCAAGGUCACCAUCCACUGGGUCAGAGAGGUUUGGUGGUGUUGGGAAGGAGUGUUUUGAAUAACCUUCAGAGUCUCCAGCCAGCUGGUUUGCCUGGCCCCCUUGUAACAUCUUUAUUGAUAUUCCAGACUUAAGCUCAGCCAGCAGAGGAGGAACAUAUGGGCUAUCACUUAAUAUCAGAAAUUAUUCCAUCACUUUCAGAAAGAGACGUGGGUUUUUCCUUCUUUCCAAUCUAUUAAUUAUUCUUACUUUAUAGUCUUCUACUACAGUUCUGAGUUACUACAGAUAAAAUUAGGCAGGGUUUUUAGAUGCACAAUCUGGUUUCAUCUAUCAUUUCUAACAGCCUGGUGAUGAUUUCAGGCACCUUUCUGCCAUCCUAGAAUUUGCUCCAGCUAGCAGCAAAAACUGUGUUUUGUUUCUGUCAGUAGGAUCUCAGUGUUACCCAGUGGAACACAUCCUGCAGGGCAGGAAAUGUGGAGAUCAGGGGAACAUUAAGUCUCCAGUACUGUAAAUCUCUCUUGAUGGCAACAUAGGUCUCUCUACAUUCCUAAAGAGGCUGAAGAGGUUUUUAGUUCAAUGUUAUUGAAGCAACUGUAUAUUUUUUUCAGGGACAAACAAAUGAAGGGCCUCAUUACUGUGAAACUGUUUUGAUUUUACUCUAAGCAGGUACUGUAAAACGGGUAUUUUCCACCGAGAAAAGUAUUGUAGGCUUCCAAACCAGGAUGCUACACACCCACACAUCUGUCUGCAUAACAACUGCAAAUAGAAGUAAGGCUUUGGAGCUGCAGCUAUUACGUCCCUGGUAAGCAUGUGUUUAGUUUCCCACCUGAUGAAGAGCCACAGAUUGAAACUUCCCAUGCAGGAAGUUAAGAACCCCAGACAUUGGCUGGGUUUGUCUGCCUGGGUUUGUCUGUCUGUCAGCCCUGAGACAAUGGCCUGUCUCUGGCUUCUGGUAAUGCAGGUUCCUGCUGCCUUCAGCAGGAACAGAGCCUUGCCUCACAGAUACUCAGCUCUGCAGGAUCUGUGCUGGAGCUGUAUGCAUUAGUUUAGUUGGUUUGAUUAUUUAAUUUUGGUAGCUAACCAAGUAACACUAAACUUUUUUUUUUCUUU